GUUAAAUUAUCUAGUUCGGCUCUGUCAAUUCAAGAGCAAACCGCUGACGGUGACACUUAAUGGCAAACAUCUCAGCGCUGGAGAGUGCCGGAGACGCUGGGCUAGACGCAGCAGACGACAAUGAAUACAGUUUGGAGGCCGCGCGGCGCCGAGAGCUGCUGAAGCGCCUCGCCAGCCUUCGCGCCGCGGGCACCGAGACGGAGCUAGCAGCUGCAACUACAGUCGUAGGACUGCAGGCAUCCAAGUCCAUCAAGCGCCCCGUCAGCUCCACCCGAAGCCAUAGCUGUAGCAGCCCCUCAGCCGCCGCCCUGAUGGCUGCCCGCGGCCCGCAGCACCAGCUACAGCCGCAGCAGCCGGCCUACCGGGUGGGCUAUCCCGACCUCCGCGCAUAUCAUGAGUUCAACGCCCGACCCCCGGGCAUCAAGGGGCCGCUGCCCGCCGCCAGCCCAAGCGGCAGUAGCAACGGCCGGUCCGGCGGCGCUGGCGCUGGUGGCGGCAGUAGCAGCAAGCCGUUAUCACCAGCGGUACCGGCGGUGGCUGCACGCAGUGCGCCUGCCACGCCCGCCAGCGGCGCUCCACAUCGCCGCCCACAGCUGCAGCUAUCGCCCGCGCCAUGCGUGUCGAUGCCCCUGGCGACCGCAACGGCAUCUCCGCGUGUGCCCGAGACCGCACCUUCCUCGGCACCUGCACGCGAGGACACGGCCGCCAGCCCCAGUCUCAGCGUGAUCAGCAGCAGCUGUGGCGGUGGCGGCGGCGGCGCCUCCGCCGGGCGAGGCCGAUCAGAGCCUUCUACAGAAUUGGCACGGAAGCGGCAACAGCAACAGCAGCAGCAUCACCACCACCACCACCAAGGCUUCAGGCCGCUCCUUGAUGUUGCGUACGACAAGGUGCACGUGCUGUACCGCCCCAGGACAGGGCCGCAGCCCACGUGGCCCUCGGGGCCGUACCAGCAGCCCCAUCAGGCCCAGCAGCAGCAGGGGUCGUACGGCAACGCUGCGGGGCCGGCCGGGGUGGGCGCUGGAGCUGCCUUCGCACCGCCCGGGGCGCGGCACAGCAGCGGCGGUGGCAGCGGUGGAGGUGACAGCGAUGGAGGCAGCGGCAACAGCGGAGGCACCAAACCCACCAGGAAAGGCAGCAGUCGCGCGGGCAGCUCGCAGCAGGGCGUGGGUGGAGGUGGAGGUGGCUUGGACGGCGGGCGGCGGGCUGUGGUGGACUCGGCUUGCAGCAGCCGGCCUGCGGGCGGCACCAGCAGUGGUGCAAGCAGUGGCGGCGGGCCGCCGCUGUCCUCCACCACGCCAUCGUCACGUCACCAACCGUCGGCCGCCUCAUCAUCCGCAUCACCCUCAACCUCACGGCCGGUGCCUGCUGCCACGCCUGGCAGCGCCAGGCCCGCCGCCGGCACCGGCGGCAGCUCCCGACGUGCCUUCACAAACUUACGUGGCCUCCCAGGGCCGUCGGCGCCGGCUGCGGCCAUGGUGAGGGAAGCCACGCCUGCGGCCCCGGGGCCGGCAGAGCCUGGCAGCAAUGUGGUGGAGGGCGAGGGCGCCAGUGCCACCGUCAGCAGUGCCUGUGAGGCUGCUUGUUGCGAGGCUGUGCCGCCGGCAGCCUCCCAGGCCUCAGCCCCUUCAGCAGCCCUGGCGGUAGCAGCAGGCGGCGGGAGCCCUCAAUAGCCUGAGCUGCGGCAACCACAGUUUUAUGGGCCUUGGAUUGGGAGGCAGGCGGGCGCAGUGGGUAGGGUUUGAACAGCGGAGCAUGGCGGAGGUAGCGUGGCAUGAGUGGGGCAGCGGCGCGGCACGGCGUCGUACGUUUGCGAAGCGGUUAGCGCGGAAAGGGCUGUAGCUGCCGGGCUAGUUGUGGGUCGCACUGAGGCUGACCAGGACACAUGGGGCACAGGCAAGAGCAGACAUGCCGCACUAACACGCUUGAACACUCCUGUAGGGGCUAUACCCAAUCUGAACGUAACGGCGCACCCGGGGUAAUGUCGCGCGGUGUGCAGCGGCCUCAGUAUACCUGUCCUUGUGCACUGCCGUACGGCUGAAGCUAUGUCAUGACACCUUGGAUUGACACACCCAUUUGGAACAGGAAUGUCGGGACCCGUGCGUGGCAGUAGCACAAGACUGCGCGCAUGUAAGCGGGUGCGGCGGUACUGGUGCUGCCACUGCUUUACGUGAUGAGCAAUAGGUGUGUGUUAUUACCUCUUGGCGUGCGUGUUGACAUCUGCGAUGUUGGACUCAUGUUGCACAGCUGCGGUUGCAACUGCAUAGCAAGCUAGCAUGGCGUGUUGACUUCAUCCUCAUGCUGUGUGUACGGCAUGUACGUACCUGCUCCUGGCACGGCUAUACAUCAGGUCGGCUGCGUGCACUCGUCUAGACCCGAACCCGUAAGCGGUUCUCAUUUGCGCUGCCUGUGGCGCUUGUGGUAGUGGUGGAUAAGCGGAGUGCUCUAGGUGUGCUGAUGACUAUGGACGUGUAUGAUCCGGACAUGUCACUACUGGCAUGAAUCUAAACGCCGGAGAGAGUGUGCGUGUGAGUAACGGACUGUGCAAUGUUCGGCGCGGAGCAAUGCACAACAAGGGUUACCGUACC